AUGAUAACAUCCUUUUCCUUCGAUCAGCUUAUUAUAUACUACAAUCCAAGCUAUUGUUGGAACUUGGAACGUUGAACUAGCCUGCACUUUUUUUUUUUGGGCUAACAAGCAUGGCCGCUCUUCCUCCCAACCCAGUGCCAGUGGCCUACCAAGGAGGCACACCAGCAGUCCCAGUUUGGCUAAACAAAGGAGAUAACGCAUGGCAGAUGAUAUCCGCCACGCUAGUCGGCCUCCAAAGUGUGCCAGGCUUGGUCAUCCUCUAUGGUAGCAUUGUCAAGAAAAAAUGGGCAGUGAAUUCAGCUUUCAUGGCCCUCUAUGCUUUUGCUGCCGUAGUUCUAUGCUGGGUGAUUUGGGGGUACAAGAUGUCCUUUGGGCAUAAGCUUUUGCCAUUUUGGGGCAAAGCAGGGCCUGCCUUGGGCCAAAAGUAUCUAGUAAACCAAGCACUUCUUCCCGCGACGACCCAGUUCUACGAUGACGGACGGGUGGAGACAGCUAUGGUGACUCCAUUUUAUCCUAUGGCAUCUAUGGUUUGGUUUCAGUGCGUGUUUGCGGGGAUCACGCUAGUUAUACUCGCUGGAUCAGUGCUGGGAAGGAUGAGUUUUAAAGCCUGGAUGGCUUUUGUACCUCUUUGGCUCACUUUUUGUUACACAGUGGGUGCAUUCAGCUUGUGGGGCGGAGGUUUCUUGUUUCACUGGGGAGUCAUGGACUAUUCUGGUGGUUAUGUUAUUCACCUUUCUUCAGGGAUCGCUGGUUUCACUGCCGCCUAUUGGGUGGGGCCAAGAUCAAAGAAGGACAGAGAGAGGUUUCCUCCCAACAAUGUUCUACUGAUGUUGGCAGGGGCAGGAUUGUUGUGGAUGGGGUGGGCAGGUUUCAAUGGUGGAGAUCCAUAUUCAGCCAAUGUUGACUCAUCCAUGGCAGUUCUAAAUACCAACAUUUGUGCAGCCACUAGUCUACUUGUUUGGACUUGGCUUGAUGUUAUUUUCUUCAAGAAACCCUCAGUCAUUGGUGCCGUCCAAGGCAUGAUUACAGGUCUUGUUAGCAUCACUCCUGGUGCAGGUCUGGUGCAAGGGUGGGCUGCCAUAGUCUUUGGAAUUCUGUCAGGUAGCGUUCCAUGGUUCACCAUGAUGAUCGUACACAAGAGAUGGUCAUUGCUCCAACAUAUUGAUGACACACUAGGAGUGUUUCAUACCCAUGCAAUAGCCGGGAUUCUUGGCGGUGUUCUGACCGGUCUCUUCGCCGAACCUCAACUCUGUGCGAUGUUCUUACCUGUGGUAAACUCAAAGGGAGGCGUCUACGGCGGUUCUGGUGGGAUCCAAAUCCUGAAACAAUUAGCAGGCGGAGCUUUCAUAAUCGGGUGGAACUUGGUCGUCACAUCAAUCAUUUGUGUAGCUAUAAACUUGAUCGUCCCGUUGCGUAUGACGGAGGAACAGUUAAUGAUCGGAGACGACGCGGUGCACGGGGAAGAAGCGUACGCUCUAUGGGGUGACGGGGAGAAGUACGAUUCUACUCGGCAUGGGCAAUACUCAGAUGAUACCUCUCACAAUAAGGCUUCAAUAGGGGCUACUCAAGUGGUUUAAUUAAAACUUUAUAGCGUCAAAUAUAACCAGGAGGUAGACUUGUUGUACAUGCUUAUGAAUUAUAACGCUUGAAGUCUCUUCUUUUUAUCUCGCAACAAAUAAAAUGAAAAAUGUUAAUUUUA